AUGGAUUCGCCGGCUUGGAUGUUCACCAAGGCGUUGAGUCAUCGACAAAAGGUUGGUUUUUGAAGUUUGGCGGGAAAAAUUGUGAAAUUUUGUGCCAUUUCAUACAAAAAAUACCGAAAGUUUAGAAUUUUCACUGGUAUUUGAUUAAAAAUUAUUUUUCAUAAUUAUAAAUGGAAAAAUUUAUUUCCAAAUUGAAAUUAUCGAAAUACAGGAAGCCCUUUAUUUAAAAAUUAGUUUUACCUAUUUUUGCACCAAAAAUUACACGUAGUUUUCAAGGAAAAAAAUCACUGUUUCAAAAUUUAUAUGAUUUUUGCAAGUGGAAACUGGAAUUUAAUAGAAGCAAUGUGGAGAUUCCUCAAAAACUAAAUAUAUUAUUUCAGGUUUGCCGCCUUUACAAACGUUGUCUUCGUGAAGUUGAUAAUUGGUAUGGUGGUGAUAAUCUCGAAGUUCGUUUCCAAAAAUGCAUUAUUCGCGCUCGUUUCGACGCAAAUUCGCAAGAAAUCGACACGCGAAAAUCGCAAAUUCUUUUGGCUGAUGGAUGUCGCCAACUUUGGGAGAAACGACACUUCAAACCAUUCCGUUUUGCAUUGGAUCCCGGAGGUAGCAGUUUUGACAGAGAACGCGAAUCUCCUGAUGAAAUUGUUGAUUCGGAUCAAUGGACAUUGGCCGAAAAAGAACAAUUCCCAUAUUAUUUCAAUACACGUGAACAACGCAAAAAAGAAUUGUUGACGCAUUGGGCGAAAAUUGAAAAGGCUUGGGAUGCGGAAAUUGCGGCGAUUCAAACUGAAUUGCCAAAAGCGAAAGAGAUUUCGAAAUAG